CGUUUUCUUUACCCGACGCACGCACGAACACACGCACGCGCGUCUCCGCCUCGCCGACCCGCGUUCCAUUCCAAGCCACACACACACGCACACACGCACACAUACACACACGCAAACACCGUGUGUGCGCUCGCCGCCGUUUGGCUUGGCUCUCUCACCCGUCAGUCUCGUACCGAUCGGCCGGCUAUUCGUUUCGUUACUGUCGCCGCAAUAAUAUUCGAUCGGAACAAAAAAUAUAAUCUUAAUAUUAUUAUUAUCGUCGUUGUUGUUUAUUAUUAUUUAUUAUAAUCAUCAUCGUCAUCGUCAUCGCUGUUGUUAUUAUUGACAUACGCUAUACAAAUACAUAAUUACACAUUUUGGUUAAAAUAGUGCGUGUGUCGAGUGCAUAAUAUCUAAUAUCAUAAUAAUAUUGUCAUGUGUGACCAGUUUGGUCGUUGUCACCCGUUCCAAUCUUUCCGAUCGCACGUCACGUGUUAGGAGGAAUAUCUGUUGAGAAAAUAUUCAUAAUUUACGUUAAAAUUACCGUCGUGUUUUCGGUAUUUUCGUUUAAAGUCGACGACACGUGGUGUAUAGCGCAGUGCGUAACGGUAUCGUUCACACGAUCACUGCAAUAAUAUUAUUAUUAUUGUGUUGCCUGUGUGGUAGCGGCGCGAAAUGACCACCUUGUACAAUUCCGUGGCUGCAGCUGUCGUUGUUAACGCCGUCGCCGGCAGCGGUGCAUUAUAACGACGACGACGGCGGCGGCGGCAUCGUCUUGGACGACGCCGCACGGACGACAACGGUCGGCCAGACACGGAUGCGUCCGGAAAACGUGGUGCGCACGCCGCGAUCACAUAUCAAGGUGCCGCCGCCGCCCCGCGCGCGUCACGCCGGCCGCCGGCGGACCAGCGCAGUAUUCGGUUCGGCGGGUCGGCGGAAGUAGUGGCCACCAAAUGCGAGGCGGCGUUCACGUGUUUUAUGUUCAUGUUCAGGAGGAGACGGACGGCAUUAGCUAAACGCUUGUGGAAGGCACGGGUGCGCCGAGACAAUGAAGCCAGGUGUGCGGAAAAGACCUCCUCGGCGUCCGCCGCGGCCGCUCAGCCACCGGUAGCAGCGGCGGCGACGUCACCUCCGUCCGCGCACCCUUCCCCGCCAGUCGAGUCGGACGAACGGCAGUUCCGCAACGCGCUGUUCAAGCGGCUGGACGACAGGCAGCUGGAGACGCUGCUCAGGGCCGUGGACACCGGUGGCGUGGACGCGGCCGAGUGCGUGGCCGUCCGGCCGUUCCUAUUCGCCGAUCCGGCGGUCAUAUGCUGUCGACUGUGGCGGUGGCCCGACCUCAGGACCGUCGAACAGCUUAAGAGCACACCCUCCUGCCAGACGGCCAAACAACCCGACAUGCUGUGUUGCAACCCGUUCCACUGGAGCAGACGAUGCGAAAUCGAACGACCUCCGCCGCCCUAUUCAAGGUUCGUGAAGGAAAAACUAAAACCCGAAGAUCGUGCACCCAGUGAAUGUAGUUGGGAUAGUAAUGAUGACGAUCUUCGUGGUUCGUUUAGCACUGACGGUGACGAAAAACAAAACGAACUUGAGUGGUGUAAAGUGGCAUACUGGGAACUAUCGCAACGAGUCGGCAGACUGUUUCCCGUAGAAACAAAAUCCGUGAAUGUGUUUUGGAACGUUCCACUUGGCACGGGUCUAUCUCUAGCCGCCCUUACUCAACAUCAUUUUUCACCCGCGCAGGGCCCUCCAGAGUCUGUACUCAGGAACAGGACCAAAAUUGGACAAGGUCUAGCUCUGAGCCGAGAAGAAGACGGCGUGUGGGCAUACAAUCUGAGUGACUGGCCGAUGUUCGUUAAUUCGCCAACGCUGGACGAUCCGGACAGCAAGUCUUAUCUGGUUUUUCGCGUACCGUCCGGCCACUGUCUGAACAUAUUCACUGGCAACCCGCACGGCGAUCGAAUACGCUAUUCAAACGGCGCUAGAGUCGGACCCGUCGACCCGAACGCCGUACGCAUCAGUUUCGCCAAAGGAUGGGGACCCAAGUACUCCCGGCAGGAAAUCACGUCCUGUCCGACUUGGAUCGAAGUUUUGCUCGAUCCUUGCAGAUGACACAGGGUGACCGAAAACGGAAUCUGAGAUGGCAAUGUUAUUCUCAAAUUCCCAAACUAAACACUAGUUAUAAAGACUAAUUUUAUUGAAUUUGUGACUCAAACCAAAUUGUGUUAAACAUGUGCGUUUAAGUUUCAUGUUUGUCGAUCUUGUUUGUACAAUACUAUUGUGUAUACGAGAUCUUUAAGCAAACUAAAUUAUUGUUUUUUUUUUUUAAUUUUAAUUUUUGUAAAAACAAAGGAUACCAUUGUGAUAUUAGUUCAGCGUCCUUAACGACAGCUCUUUUUGUUAAGGGUACGAUGCUAUUUUCAACACGUAAGGGAAACUAGAGCUUAAUGACAUCCACAUUCCAUGAAUUAAUAUUUUGAAAAAUUACCUUUUCUCCUUUAAACCCGUUUUUACAGAUAGUUCCUCCUCCAAUUUAAUAUAAACUAGGUUUUUGUAAUUUUUUUUUCGUGAUCUAGUCAGGAUAUUUAAAAUUGACUGUUGAUCAAAAUUGGUUAAGGAAUUCAAAUAGAAUAGCGAAUACUAAAAGAUUGUAAUUUAAUACUAAUGUUUUUUGGCAA